CGCUUGGUCUCCCUCUCGUGAGUACCAAUCCCCUUGACUUCCUUCAAUCACCAUACUGUAAUUCCUCAAGCUGCAUAUCAAAUUUUCCGUGUAACAAUGCGCUACUCCUCGGCGGCCAUUUUCGCGGUCUUGAGCUCCGCUGCUCUUGCGCAGAACCCCUAUGACGGCCUCCCACAAUGCGCCACUGCUUUGGUACCGACUAUGGCGGCUGCAAUCAGGUCGACAUCGGUUGUAUCUGCAGGAAUACGCAGCGCAUUGCUGAUCUCUCCUGCUGCGUUUUCCAGACCUGUAACCAGUCGGAUCAAGAUUUGACCAUCACACUCGCCCACAACCUUUGCAAGGCGAACGGAGUCGAUGUCCCAACGUCCGCUUCUUGCGCCUCGACCGCUGCAUCCACGAGCGCACCCACCGCAUCGGCGUCGGGCUCGAGCGCAUCCGGUUCGGCUGCUUCAGUGACAUCCACUCCCAGUGGUAGUGCGGCUGGAGCAAGCGGUGCUGGAAGCACUGGCGCAGGUGUGCCGAUGGCUACCGCUGGCCCUGCUCUGGGUGUGGGUAUGGCAAUGGCCGGCUUGCUCGCUGCGUUGUAAUUGGAGGCGACGCGACAUGGACGAAGGAUCGAUUCGACGCGCGGGCGUGGUCCCUUGGUUUAGAUUGGAGGGAGGAGGAUAGCAACAU